AUGAGUUCCAAAGAAGAGGCAAAGUCUUCCUCGGCUGCCUUGCACUCCUCACUAGACGAGCGAAGAAGAAGUCCGCUGGACCAGCUGCCGCCCCCGGCCAACUCUAACAAACCACUGACUCCCUUCAGCAUCGAGGACAUUCUCAACAAACCCUCGGUGCGGAGAGGGUUCGCUCUGUGCGGAACUAACCACCUCCUGUCAGCGGCCGACAAGCACACGCCUUCGGCCCUUGCCCUGGCGAGCCGACCCGGGGUCCUGUCGCAGACCUCGCCUUUGUGCGCCCUGGAGGAACUCGCCAGCAAAACUUUUAAAGGACUGGAGGUCAGCGUCCUACAAGCGGCGGAGGGGUCUGUUUUAACAGGCAGGGACGGCCUCACCAUCUUCGGCCAGAGACCGACCCCCAAGAAGCGCAGAAAGUCGCGAACCGCUUUCACCAAUCACCAGAUCUACGAGCUGGAAAAGCGGUUUCUGUACCAGAAGUACCUGUCGCCGGCCGACCGCGAUCAGAUUGCCCAGCAGCUCGGGCUGACCAAUGCCCAGGUCAUCACCUGGUUCCAGAACCGCCGCGCCAAACUCAAGCGGGAUCUGGAGGAGAUGAAGGCCGACGUGGAGUCGGCCAAGAGACUGGGGCCCAGGCAGCUGGAAAAAAUAGUGGAACUGACGGAAUUGGAUCAGAGCGCGGCGGAGAUCGGCAGUAAAUCCAGAUCUCAGAGUCAAAGCCCGAUGAAAAGUGCCCGCGCGGAUGCCCAUGCACUGGCAAUGGGUCACCCGACCCGCAAAGACUACUCAGAGGAGGACGAAGAGGAGGAGGAGGAGAUUGAAGUCGACGACUGA